GAGAGAGAGAGAGAGCGACAAGAUUUUCCACAUCCCUGAAUUCAAGUUCCUCAAACUCUGAGAUUAUGUAUUCAAUUUCAAUCCUCAAAGUUCAUUAUAAAAGUCAUAAAACUCGAGAGAAAGCACCACCAAUAACCCUGGUUUUCUUCGUAGAGAAGCACGCACCAAAGAGAGGUUUUUUUUUUCCCUUUUCCUUUUCCAAUUUUUCUUAAUGUAAAUUUGGCACAUGGCCACAUUUAAAUCAGAGUAAGAAUCACAGCCCUUUCGCAUAAAAAGUUCAUCCUCCAGCCCUCUCUUCCUCUGUUUUUGCUGUCUUCUCUUGGCUCUGUAGAAGACUUGUUAGAGUUGCAAUAGAAGCAGAGAAGGCAAUGAUUUGAAGGAAGAUUUGUGCAUGGCGAGCCACAGAGUUGAAGAAACUGAACCUUCCAGCCACCAUCUUCCAUAUAAUCUUUACGGAAUCCACAACAACAAUCCUCCCUCCACUUUGAUCAACCAAGAUGGCCCAGCUUUUGAUUUUGGAGAAUUGGAACAAGCAAUUGUGGUACAAGGACAAGCCUUUUCCUCAGGCAGGCCUGCAAUGACUCUGGAAAUGUUCCCUUCUUGGCCAAUCAAAUUCCAACAAACUCUCACAGGGAUUAGUUUGAGGUGGGGAGAAGGAGGAGGAGAAGAGAGGAGUGAUGAGUCAGGAUCUGGUGUGGACGCUCAUACAAUUCCGAUGAGUAAAAAGGCAUCAUCUUCUUCUUCUUCUUCUUCAUCAGGUCGUCAUCAUGAUCAGAGCUCUUUUCAGAAGAAUCUGCAGCUUCAAACUCAGAUCACGCAGCUCACUGAUGGACUAUCACCACACCAUCAUCACUCCCCUCAACAAAAGAGAAAAGGAUGUGGUUCGACUUCAACAUCACACAAACAACUUGACGCUAAGACAUUGAGACGUUUGGCCCAAAACAGAGAAGCUGCGAGGAAGAGUCGACUCAGAAAAAAGGCGUACGUACAGCAACUUGAAAGUAGUAGAAUUAAGCUUACGCAGCUUGAACAAGACCUUCAACGGGCACGAUCUCAGGGUUUAUUUCUGGGUGCUGCCGGUGCCAAUCUCACCUCUGGUAAGCUUCGAAAAGGAGCUGCAAUGUUUGACAUGGAAUAUGCGAGAUGGUUGGAAGACGACCACCGGAACACGGCGGAGCUGCGGGCGGCGUUGGACACGCAUCUACCGGACGGCGAUCUCAGAGUGAUGGUAGACGCGUGCGUUUGCCAUUACGACGAGAUUUUCCGGCUGAAAGGAGAGGCUGCCAAGUCCGACGUCUUCCACCUCAUCACCGGAAUGUGGAUGACUCCGGCUGAGCGCUGCUUUGUCUGGAUCGGCGGCUACCGGCCGUCGGAUCUUAUGAAGAUGUUAUUAUCACAAUUGGAGCCAAUAACAGAACAACAAUUGAUGGAAAUAUAUAAGCUGCAGCAUUCGUCACAGCAGGCAGAAGAUGCAUUAUCCCAAGGUCUGGAUCAACUCCACCACUCUCUCAUGGAGACCGUCGCCGGAGCUCCAGUCAUCGACGGCAUAAACCAGAUGAUAUUGGCCAUCCACAAGCUUUCCAAUCUCCAAGGUUUCCUUCACCAGGCCGAUAUUCUGAGGCAACAAAUACUUCAUCAACUUCAAAAGAUACUCACCAUCCGACAAGCAGCGAGAUGUUUUUGGGUCAUUGGUGAAUAUAACAAUAGAUUACGAGGCUUGAGCUCUCUAUGGUCCUCUCGUCCAAAGGAGCAAGAUCAAUAACUAUAUAUCUCUUCUAAAUUCACAUUUUAAAACCUUUAUUUGAAUCAUUGUAUUUAGUUUGUCGGGUCUAUGAUCGACUUGUAAGAGUACUUGAGUAGUUGUGACAUUAACAAACUCGUAGUUUGAAGUGGUAGUUAACUUCCCAUUAACGACCCAUUAGGAUUGGUACGAGAAAUUCCUCUCGGAUCUAAAUUCUCUCUUACCUGCAAGGAAAA